GAAAGAAACAUUCUUCCACUGUAGUUCCCCACUACUCGCAACUUCCAAAGCGAAUCUCUUGCCCAGUGAACCCCUCUCCAAUGUUUCGCUCAUUUUGUUCCCGAUCUACUCCUUUGCCAUCUCCUCCUUGAGCUCCAAAAUCCCAAAAAGAUCCACAAAUGGAAGAUUAAGAUACCAAUUUAGUCAAAUUUUACCAUUCGAACGUCGAAAAAUGAAUAUACAACAAGUUGGGUGAAAAAUGAGAAGAGGUAAUAAUAGAAAGUGCAGGCUUUGGUGGCCAACGCAUCUAUCUUCCUUAAAUCAAUUGAAUUUGCAUUCAUAUGCUUUCUUAUUCGGUUGGUUCAUCUCUUCCUCUGAAGCUUCUUUCGACAUUGUUGUCGCUUUUGCUUGCGAUGAGUCUGCCCUUCUUUCCAUGACCACCACACAUACGAAUCUUGAGAGGGUUCUUCAAGGCAUAAACAGAAAGAUGCCUGUACUUCUACAAGGUAAAAGCAAGUUCUCUCUGCUUGGUUCUUAUGCAGCAGAUUGUAACAGCAAGGGGCAGUUGCUAAUGGUCAGAGGCAAAGGGAAGAAGCAUAUCAACUCUACUGGCAAGAGGACAUGCUUAUGUGUGGACGAACUUGCACCUGAAGGGAAGUGGGGAAGACGGAGAUGUGGAUGUCACAAAUUGGAUGUGAUACUAGAGCAGUGUAGGGCAUUAGCUUUAGAGGAUAACAUUUGGGCACAGAUUGUAUGUGAUGAUUCUCAAGCUGUUGGCAGAAAAGUAGAGCUAAUACCAAAAGUGCAUCAUAUACAUAGGAAGGGAGAAGCCAUAUUCCAAUUAGAUGUCCACGUAUUGUUUUAUGGAAUUCCUGUCUUUGGUGGCCACCAUUACUCAUUGGGCUUCAAGAGUUCAUCUGAGGGGGUGACAAACCAUUGCAAGAAGCCUGAAUGGGUUAAGGAUCUUAACAGGAAGCAACCAUAUCUUGACUUGGAUGCUGUAAUUCUAUCUAUCAACACUGCUAAUGCUGCUAAAGUAUUUACCGAAGCAUAUUGUUCUGCCAAAAGAUCCAGGGUUUCCUUCCAUUUCUUUUGCAUGUUUUCUAUUUUGACAUGGCAACUGCUUGCUGUAUUGGUUGCAUCAUUGUCAACUAUCUUCUACGUCAUCCUUCAGUCUUUCCAUGUCUGUUUGAGCCAUGUGUCCCAAUCAUAUAUCUACGUCGCAUUGGAGAAGGUAUUCUGCAAUACAUGUAAAAAUCUAGAAAUCCGAUGCUGCCAACUCCUGUAUUGGCCAGUUUUUCUCAAAGAUUAUGGUCUCAGGUCUCAAUCUUGUGUGGAGUAUGCUGAGAAAGCAGCAUUUCACAAACAUUCCAUGUGGACAAGCCUUGUAGUUGAUCUACUUCUGGGGAACUUUCUUGGCAUCAUAUUGUGGUGUCGAGCAAGAGAAACUUGUGCAUGGGUUUCGAGUUUUUCUGAAAAUGCCACUAACUAUCUUCUGCGUACUGGUUGUGUGUGGCUUAUGGGAAACCCAGCGGGAUUCAAGCUGAACACUGAGCUAGCUGGAGUUCUUGGGACAAUAUCCCUGAUUGCUAUUCAAAUUUGGUCUACCAUUUGGUGGUUAUUGGGUUUAUUCUUGAUUCAUCUCAUAAAAGUAGUUGCUGUAUUUGGUUCAUUAUUUGGGCUUACUGCAGCAGCUGCUCUUAUCAUUGACACAAUUUCACUAGCAACAACACAUGUUUCUACUCUUCAGUGGUUGCUUACACUGCUCUAUUCAUGGCAAAUACAGGCUGUAGAUGCUUUAUGGCGUCUUUUCAGGGGUAGGAAGUGGAAUCCUCUUCGUCAGAGACUAGACAGCUAUGCAUACAGUGUGGAGCAGCAUGUAGUUGGGUCUCUCCUAUUUACUCCACUUCUACUUCUGCUGCCGACGACUUCAUUGUUCUAUAUUUUCUUCACCAUUAUGAAGACAACCAUUAGCUUUGUCUGCAUAGCCAUUCAGUUUGGCAUAUCUAUAAUUCACGCCACACCGUACAUUAAGAUUUUCUUUUGGUUCAUGAGGAGGAAACGGUUUCCUUGUGGAUUAUGGUUUGAUAUUGUUUUGUGUCGGAGAAAUGCCACUAAUUCAUUAGAGGUCGAAUCUGCUGAUAAGACUGCAUCUGAGAAUUCUCGCCACAGAAGCUGCUCUAAAUCGACAAUUCUGGUUUCAUUUCUUCACAGCAAUUUUUUGAGCUUAAGACAAGUAGUUUGGCCCCACUAUCGAAAUGUUUUUUCAGAUGUAUCUAGAUCUUCUAUUGCGUUCUCAGCUUAUGGAGUUCUUACCGGGAAAAGAACUCCAUCAGCUCCAAAGAUUGGUCUUCCCCCGAUGUUGCCAUGGGUGUCUAUUCCAUACAAAGAAUACUGGCGCCUUUGCCAUGAAGCAGUCCUCGCUUGCAGGCAAGAUUGCAACUGCCAAUUGCACCAAUAGUUGUCAAAAGAGAGAGGACGACAAAAGGAAAACUAAGAAAAAAAAUCAUUAGCUUGCAGUUUCCACACUGCUAUUUCCAUACGCGAAUUCUUUUCAUUAUUCUCAGUGUUAGGAAUUGUUUCAUAAAUUUUUGUAUACGGGAGAGGUAGGGUGGAAAAGUAAGCUAUUUGUGUAUAGUUAGAAACAUUUUUGGCCAUCUAUUAUCCAUGGUGCAGCAAUUUUGUUUGGUUACAGGACUGAAUAUUGAUGAAUGGUGUAAUGUUUUUUUCUUACUCAAGUUCAUCCUUAUAUUUGGUAUUGCAA